CGUCUUCCAGGCCAGUCUGGCUCUGCUCUCCAGGGCCAUGGGACGGCAUGGGGGGCGGGGUCUAGAAGGGCAGCGUGUGCGGGGAGGAGGUGGGUGGCCAGCAUCCUUUGCUGCCCCUGCAGUAGAGAGACCUGAGCCCCACCCUCUGGGGCUUCCAGUCUGGACAGAGGCUCGCUCUGGGGCACGCCGAGAUGGGAGGUGGUACUUGGAGGGCUGCAGGCCCCUUCCCUGGGGAGCUCGGUGCUGUCGGAACAGUGAGGGUCAGGCCUGGACAGUGGACUCUGGGGAGUGGGUGGGGCAUGGGAGUUCUGAUAAGUCUUCGGACUGUUUGUCUUCCUGGUCCUGGUCCCUGGCGGUUGGGCGGAAGGGCCUGCCCAGAACAAUGGCCAGAGUCAGGCUGGCCAGCUGUGUGGGGGAGGGGGAGGGUGGCUGGGACAGGAUUGCUUCUGUGCGGCGCCAUGACCCCACUCUGCUCUGGUUCCUUCCCAGAUGUGGCCACCUGUCCCGGGAGCCUGGAUUGUGCCCUGAAGAGGCGGGCACGGUGCCCCCCAGGUGCCCACGUCUGUGGGCCCUGCCUUCAGCCCUUCAAGGAGGACGCACAAGGACUCUGUGUGCCCAGGACGCGCCAGCCUCCGGGGGAGGGACCGCCCCACCCCAGACUGGAAGAUGAGAUUGACUUCCUGGCCCAGGAGCUGGCCCGGCAGGAGGCAGGGCGCUGGAGGCUCCCGGCACUGCCCCAGCCUGAGGUGCCCCAACGGCUGGCAGCCACCCUGGGGCUCUCCGAGGGAGGGCAGGACCCUGACCUGGGCCUCCCUUCCACUCCUGGGGCCCCUGCGCCCACGCCCCAUACCUCUUUGGGCUCCCCUGCGUCAUCUGGGCCGGUGCACGUGUCCCCCUUGAAGUCCCGGGGCACACGCGGUGACGGUGUCGGCCUCGCCCUCGGUAGGUCUGGGCGGGCAGGGCGGCAGGGUCCUGGGGUGAAGCCCGCCCUCACCGAGCCGCUCCCCACAGUGCUCAUCCCCCACCCUGGCUCUGCCGGGGUGCGCCGAGCGCCCACUUCCAGCCUGGGCCCCUGGCACCUGAAGGGCGUAGGGGGAUCCAGCCAUCCCGCCCCUAGCAGGCAUUCAGAGCCGCCCAAGGAGCUAGACUCCGCCUCAGACGAAGAGAACGAGGACGGCGACUUCACGGUGUACGAGUGCCCGGGCCUGGCCCCGACGGGAGAGAUGGAGGUGCGGAACCCGCUGUUCGAGCACUCCUCGCUGUCCGUGCCCCUGCCACCCCCGCCGCAGUGACCUGAGACCCACGCCUGCCCUCGCGAGCACCACGCCGCCCGGCGGGGGCGGGGCAGGGACCUGCGUUUCCCAAUAAAGAGACUGCGUUCUGAC